AGGACACUAUUAAAGACCGGACCCUUCCACUGGAGUGCUGUGGCGGGGCUUGCCGGCAUCAUGGCGGAUAAUCAUUACGAGCUGCUACCGCCAGCCCCAGGCGGUCUCGGGGCGGGGCUGGGGAGCGGCCUAUGCCGCCGUUGCAGCGCGGGGCUCGGCGCCCUAACCCAGCGCCCCGGUGGUGUGUCCAAGUGGGUCCGGCUCAACGUUGGCGGCACCUACUUCCUCACCACCCGGCAGACUCUAUGCCGGGACCCGAAGUCCUUCCUGUACCGCUUGUGCCAGGCCGACCCUGAUCUCGACUCAGACAAGGAUGAAACAGGUGCCUAUUUAAUCGACAGAGACCCCACCUACUUUGGACCUGUGUUGAACUACUUGAGACAUGGAAAGCUGGUUAUUAACAAAGAUCUUGCAGAGGAAGGAGUAUUGGAGGAAGCAGAGUUUUACAAUAUCACCUCACUAAUAAAGCUUGUAAAGGACAAAAUUAGAGAACGAGACAGCAAAACAUCACAGGUACCUGUGAAGCAUGUGUACCGUGUGCUGCAGUGCCAGGAAGAAGAGCUCACACAGAUGGUGUCUACUAUGUCUGAUGGCUGGAAGUUUGAGCAGCUGGUCAGCAUCGGUUCCUCAUACAACUAUGGAAAUGAAGACCAGGCUGAGUUUCUUUGCGUGGUCUCCAAGGAGCUGCACAAUACUCCAUACGGCACGGCCAGUGAGCCCAGCGAGAAGGCCAAGAUUUUACAAGAACGGGGUUCAAGGAUGUGAGGACAGUCUUGACAGCUGAAGAAACGAUUUACUUUUUCCCAAGAUAUAGUGAACCGCCAUGUCCAGGAAGCUUGGCUGUGAGAAGAAACCUGCUUUUGAUCAUUUCUCUAGAGAUCUGGGUGUGGAUCCUUUUUUGCUUUGGAGGUGGGUGGUGAGAGACAGCCCAGCUGUCAGAGACAUGCCCAUGGAUGGAGGGUGGGCUGUCACUAGGGGCUUGCUCUUUUCUUUCCAAAUGUCACAUGGGACUGAGGCAGGAUGUUCCUGAUCAGCCGUGCAAUCCUGAAGGUUAUUUCAAGGGUAGGGCUUUUGGUGCUACAUACAGUCUGCGAUAAGUGACCCAGGCCUCAAUGGGAAGAAGGGACAACAACAGCUCUACUGACUGUCCAGCACACCAUGGGUUGGGGUCUGGGUGCCUGCUGGCCACUCCUUGAGCACCAGGCUCUCAUCUUCAGGUCAGGGAGGCUGCUUUGCCUCCCGUAUGAUCAAUUGGCGGUUUCUUUUGACCUUGGCUAAGGCUCCCAACAGAGGUAGCCUCCACAUUGCUACUACUUCCCGGGCACCUGCUCUGAGGCCAGUCCUCCUUCCAGGCCAGGCUUUCCUCCUGGCUUCGUCAGCUGGACAGUUAAUGCUUCUCAAUUUGUAUUUCCGAGGCAAGAGAAAUUUGUAACCCUUUUUUUAAGCGUGGAUAGACUACCUAAUGUUUAUACUCUUCAGAAAUGCCUAAAAGUGUUGCUAGGUUUUGGCUUGGUCUGUUAAACCAGUUAAUGGGAAAUGAAAGUUUCGCCUCGUCCGUCCCACUUGGGGGCUCACGGGGGAGCUGGUGCCCACCAGUGCCUUUCUUGCGCCCGGGAUGGAAGCUGGGGCAGGAGCCUGUGCACCUGGCUUCUAGAGCUGACACUCUGGGUUACACUGAAGCUCGGGAUGUUUACAGUGCAUCACAUAUCUCUCUGUGUCUCUUUUUCUCUCUCUCUCUUUUUCUUUUUCUCUUCUCUCUUCCUGCCUCCCUCUCUUCCUCUCCCUUUCUUUCUCUCCCUCUCUCUCUCUAGCUCUCAUUUUCUAUAUAACUAUGCAGUUUUUCUCUCUGAUGUUUCUGGUGUGUUUGAAACUACAUGACCUGCAUGACUCCGCCUACCUGGCGUGACUUGGACCCUACUACCUGCCUGCUUUGAAGCAGACCUUUCUCAGCUGGUUGUAGGGACUUGUCUGCCUGGGGACAAGGCCCAAACAAGUGAGUCCAGCUUUUAACUUGUGGCUUCCCGAGGGAACUGUGCAAACUGACUACGGGGGCUGCCUACCUGCAGCCUAGAAGCUCUGACACUGGCUCAUUUCAAAUGUUCCUGGGAACCUCUUGCCUAGUCCCUCUUUCUCCUUUGCCAAUAACCUGAUUAACCAAGUUUUCCAGCAUCCAGAACUUACCUCCUUUCAUAAAGUCUCUUGUAUGUUGUUAAAUGUUUGACUUAAAAGAAUUCAUGAAAACAUUUUUAUAGGGCAGAAGUAGCCACUGGCUGACCCAGCUAAAGGUGGCCCCACUGUUGGCUGUGGGGACAUACUCUGGGGAGCUGCCGGGCGAGUAACAUCGUUUGAUUUAUGACCUUGACUUACAAUACAUAGGCUUUUUUUUUAAUUUAAAAAUAUUGACUUCACAAAAGUUUAUUCUAAGGGGGUAUUUAUACUUUUAUACUUUUUUAGGUAUCCGUGUUUUAUCAGCUUACUGUUUAACGUCUAAGUUUCCCCUGGUAUUAGCAAAUAAAAUUGUGUAUUUAUGAAUGAGCCCAGCAGCUGUUAAUGUCUUAAAAUGCAUGGAAAAGCUGCAGCUGGAAUGGUCAUUCAGCUGCUCAAGCCAGGAUACCCCCUGCAGGACUGGUUCCAGCUUCUAGUCAAGGGACCCAGUGUGCCCUGAAGAGUUCAGCUAUCUUUGGUUAUCUGCUGCUACCAGUCAGUCCUAUUUUCACUGAUCAACCCAGCCUUGGCAUGGACUGUCCUACCUGCCCAGUGUAAGGUGCAGGGAAGGGGCUGCUUAUAUAGGGACAAGGUGUGGCUUCUGGGUGUCCUGGAUGAGAGAUCACAUGAGGGAGGAGUUUAAAUUCUGCCUUGAGAGGUUUGCUAGUGGUAGCUAGGACCUGCCUAUGCCCUUCAGCCUCAGCCAGAAACAGCUCUGGGUGCUCAGGAAGGCCUCUGCAUGGUGAUAUUCCUGAUCAGAAUCCAGAGCAUGUCCUAUCAGAGCUGAAGGCUACAAAUAAGACAGGCCAGAGCUCUUAGCAAAAAAGGCAUUCUGUCCCCCUCAGGUAGACCUAUCUGCCAUGGGGUGUUUGGAGAGGGCUAAGGGGUACCAGUGCUGGCCCCUUCAGAAGUCUAGCAGACCUAGGCAUGGUAGCACAUGCCUGUAAUCCCAGUACUCAGGAGACUGAGGCAGGAGGAUUGCUGUGAUCCCCCUGCCUCAGCCUGGGCUACACGCUGAGUUCAAGGCUCACCUUAACUACAUAGUAAGACCCUGACUCAAGAAAAAAAAAAAAAAAGAAGCCAGUGAUAUAGCUCAGCAGCUUAGCGCCUGCCUGGCAAAUGUGAGGUUAUGAGUUCAAGGGUCAGUACCAAAAAAAAAAAAGAAAAACAAAACAAAACAGGAGAGAGGGAGGGUUUGUGGGUUGUGUGGGUCCCCAGUGGUUUCUGGUUCAUGCCUGAAGCCUUCCAGGACUCUCUGUUGGAGCAAGAAUCACACCUCUGGUUGGCUAGUACGAUGGAGCCUGCAUGGGGAUAAAAGCCCCACUACUGCCACCUGGGGAUAGGUGUGAGGUCUCUGGCAUUGGAGGUUCCCCCUUGGUUUUCUCCUUCUACACCUCCUGCCUGCCCACAUUUGGAACACCAAAGGUGAUAUCUGGAAGGGUCUUUUUGCCUUCAGGUCAUCUGUCCCCACACGGGCUCCUGGGCCUGGGGUUGAUUCUUACCUGGGGUCUUGAAGCCAGCAGGGACCCAUGCUAACUGUUUUUCUUCCUGUGGCUUCAUAGACUGAUUGUGGUGCGUAUGCAGUUGUGUGUGUGCAUGGCAUGUGCUUGUGUAUGUGUGUUCAUGGGUGGGGGACAAUACACAUGUGUGGCUGUUCUGGUAUCACCUGCCCCCACUGAGGCUGGUUGCAGUGGCCUUCCACAGUGGUCGUGCCUGGGGGAAGGCUCCAGUCCUGGUGCCCUGCCUGGCUGCCUUGAUCUAUGCCAGCAGUUCCCUUCAGUGUUCUUCCUACAGCUGGCACCCCUGAUGGCAGAUCACUGGUAACUGCCUGGCAAAUGUGUGGAGCAUUAUAUCUUGAGUUGUACCCUGAACCCGGGAUGCAGAAGGAAGCCUGUGGUAACCUGGGCGUUUCUCUUCUACAACCUUCUCACAGUACUGAGUUUGGUAUAAGCUGUGAAUUGCAUGGAAUAAACCUGUUUUCCUUUUCAA